AUGUGCGUGCCUCAUUGCAGCGCCCUUCUCAGAUCCACAAAACGCCGACAAAGCCCCGGUCCAAGUUUGCCGAAUGGUGCCGGAUCCGGAAACAGUGCAGUAUUGAUGAAGCCAAACAAAAGUUCGAAACGUGAGUUUUUGAAAUGUAAUUUUAGGUAUGAACUUGACAAUUUAUUGAGAAUUUUCAAGUUUUGUCUCGUUUUAAACUGAAUUUUUGGACAAAAAAACUACUGUAACACAAGAAAUUAUCUCAGAACUUGUAAAAACUGGUUAAACUAUACAAAUUUACCUGAAAACAAAGAAGAUUACUGUAGUUUUGAUUAAUUUAAAGUCGCGUUGAAGUGAAAGUGUCAAAAUAUCUGUUUGGAACGCUUCCUUUGACUAAUUGUCGGUGUUUCAAAGAAACUUUUGUUUUCCAAUUUAAAAUGAUGAUAUGCAUCUCCUGGCAUCUAUAGUAACGGUUUUUUGAACGAGGGUAGUAAAUAAUGUAAAUUACUUUGUGUGGCAGUAUUGUUUGGUCAAAAAAUGCGUAGAAAAGUUAAAAUAAGCCUAUAUAAGCCAAGUGAUGUGAAAAAAAAAGUUUUACAGGUUUUUUUGGUCAAAAAGUAAAUAGAAAUGAUAAAAAUAUGAACCAAAUGGUCAAGGAUUUGUAGAUAUGACUAUAUAUUGUUCACAGUAUACAAUUCUAUAAACUUUGUGACCAACAAAUCUUGUAAAAACUGUUCUUUGACCGUUACACCUAAAUACCCAAAAAAUGUUUUAAAUUCUAUUAAAACUGUUAUCUCGAAAGUAAAUACGAUAAAAUGAGUCAGUAAUGUUUUCCAAUUUGAAUACUUUUGUUUUGGCGUUUUUGUUUCUAAAGAUUGAUCGUUCUGAAUGAAGCAAGGACACUAGCGUGACCAAUUAAACACUAAUGUCAAAAGUAUUCAAAGCCUUCUAAACGGGGCUGUAAAUUCGAACAUGUGUGGGAGUAGGUACCAUUCAGGGAUAUCGGAACUGGGGUGGUAAAACUUAGGUUUUUUAUAUUUUUUGGAGGUAGAGGGCAUGGCGAUUGUGAUACGAGACUUAAAAUAAUGUCUUGUAAAGGUUUCAUAUUGACAGUAAACUAUAAAACCAGUUUUUUUAUCUAACAUGUUAUGUCUUACAGGAUGUUUCAACCUAACACUCCCCAUGUCUUCUCACCCCUACUUGACCCAUCACUACAUGAAUAGUUCCUUCGAUUCGGGCAUGUACUCGGAUUUGUCAAUGGAAUCCACCUUCAAUUCCACUUUCAAUAACAACACCACUUUUAACUCUACUUUAAACUCCAACUGCACUUCCAACUCUACUACUAGUUCCAACCCCAACUCUACUGCCAGCUCCAUUCCCGCCUUCGACUCGCUGAGGUCGGGCGACGCGAGUGGUCAUCAAAUAAUGGGCGAGCGAUUUUUGGAGCCAGCCUCCUCCAGUUCGUGCGCCCUUCAAUCGCGCCGAAAAUCCGCACUUGCAACACCGGCUUCCUCAACGGCGGUCGCUUUCCCCUCGAAUUCCGACGCCUCCUUGGCUACCCAACUGCCCCAGUGUUCGAUGGAUUCUGGCUACUGGGAGAGUUCGUACGAAAGCUCAUUCGAUAACUUCGUAAGUUUUUGAGGUUCUUGAGCAAUUUUUUAAAUUUCGAUUUUGUGUCUGGCAGAUGACUUUUCUAGGCAAAUAUUUUUAAAAAUUUUGGAAAGUAGUUAAUUUUUUUAAAUACGAAGGCCAGAAUAAUUUUAAAUUUGAUGAUUGUAAGCUGUUUUUUGUACAUAAAAAAGUCUAUUUCCACUACAUAAUAUCUUGUCAUUGGUAAAAGUGAAACGGUUUUACUCGUUGGCUCCGGUCAUUUGCAUAUUUUUCGAUUCUUUUGCGGUAAAACGAUUAAAACGUCAAAGUAGUGGCGAUUGUUUGCAUAGUUUGGUUUAUCUAGUGAUAAGCGUUUUUCGAUAUUGAUAUUGACGGUUUUGAGAAUCAUUGAAUUGGCAACAUUAAUUAUAUUAGCUUUAUAACAUGGGUUAUAGUAGCUAAUUAUUAAUAAAACUAGGUAAAGGGGGUAUUUUUUUGAUGCAUUUAAAACAGCAGUAACUACUAUUUUUGAUGAUUUUUGAAUCUACUUUUUGACCAGAUAGUAGGCUAAAAAAGACUUUUAUCCAAAAAGACCAGAAGUAUUCAAAAAGACCGGCCUUAUAUUACUCACAGACAUUUUAUGUUCGCACCUGGAGAUCGCCAAAAGUGUAGCCCGGAGUAAGGCCGAUUGAAGGGCUGUCACUUCUAGGACAAAAACGGCGAUCUUAUCCUCUUUCCCUUUAUGUUAGCCUUGAUCCGCUAUUAACUUAUGUUAGCCUUGAGUAAGGGUUGCGAGUUAUUAAAGACUAGCAGGGCAGCUUCUAUCAAGGGCUAGUGGGGCAACUAGCCUUUUAUUCUGUUUUCUGGCUUUUAUUUAAGAUUUGGGUCAAAAAGUAAAAAGAAAAGUAUAAGCUAGUGACCAUAGUAAGUAUAAAUAUUAUCAUCUACAUAGGAAACCUUUCUACAUACCUUUUGAUCAAAUGUCAAAAAUAAUGUUUAUGAAACCACAAUAAAAGCUAGUAAAAUAAUAAUAUAAUAGCGAAUAUUAUGCCAUUUCUUGUCCUCAUUGCAAUGUACAUGACAUUUUCGUAUGUUUACCCGCUAUUCGGGCUCAAUUACCAUAAAUCCUCACCCAUAUCGCGACCUGAGAACGUAUUCCAUUACCUAUUGCGUAACUCGUAAUAUUUCGACACUUGUCGAUAUUGGAAUGGAUAUGACCGCAAUUUCGGAUACUAUGCCAUCCCUAUCGGAUGUAGGGUAGAAUACAAGGCUAGUGAUGGAUAAUAUGCGAGAAAGAGCGAGAAUAAUUUGCGAGUCGCAGCUUGGCGAUCUUGGAGAUGAAAUUAUAUGAUUGCGAAAUGUUCUGGUGGAUAAUGUAAUGUUAGACAUGAGGUCAAAUCGCUAGAAAAACGUUCUUCUUGCAAUAGGGGUGAUAACUAGAGACAUUACAUAGAUUCAAAAAAACCAUAAUCAUCUUUUAACUGCAAUCUAGUGAUAUUUAGUUCAAAAAGGCUUCACAGUGUUACCAAAGUUUUGCAAAAUUUCAAAAACUGUGACACAACUUGCAAAACUAACUAUAUUUUACGAUGCUCGCGCAUUUCGACCACUUGUCGCACCGAAAUCUGUAAUUAGAAAGGCGACGGUCGUUAAGACAUCUGCAAGUAGGCGAACGGCCUUUAACGGAUUAAGACAGCUGCCAAACUACUGCCUUAAAUCUCUUUAUGUUGGGCAUGGCGCUUUUACGUUCUCACACAUCUAUACAAUGACAAUAAUAUAUUUAACGCGUAUGUUAACAUGUACCAAGCAAAUUGGUUCCGCCACGAAAACAAACAAUAAAUAAAAAUCUAAAAAUUUUGUUAUUAGACCUUUUCGGUCAAGCUUCAACACGAAAACGUUACCUAAAAAACAAUUUCAGCGAGAUGGGUCGUGCUUUGAGAGUUCAUCCGACCUGAAGACUCCCCUCAGCAUGUUCAAGAAGAGCAAUCACUCGAACACUGCAUCUCCGCUUCGAAGUUUCAUUAUUAGCAGCUCGCCGAAAAGCAAAAUCAACCUCUUCAAGUCACCCAAAACGACUAUUGGUAAGUCGUUGAUUUUAUUUAGUUUUGGUUUUGAUAUUUUAGAUUUGAGAAUUUAGGUAACACAUUAUUGGGUGAAUAAUUUUUUAAUGAAAAACGGAAAGUUAUAGUUAAUAUUUAGUUGUUAUCUUUUUUUUGUUUUUUAUGUAGGAUAUUUGUCAGGAAAACAUCUUUUCUUUGUAUAUUUGAGAAGUAAAUUAUGUUGUUUAGAUGUGCACAUUGAUGGGUCGUUUACAAGUGGAUAUUCCAAGCCCAGAAGUCUUAUUAGUUUCCAAAACCAUGAACCGGAACCGUCCACAUCCUCUGCGAAUUCUUCUAUUCUUUCUAGUGCUGAAACACCUAGUAAAUAUGUCAGCGAUUCGGUAAGUUAUUUUUGAUAUCUAAAGUAUAUUUGGCUAAAGCAUUGAAUUAGUUUUGGAUGUAACUUUCUUCCCAUUGUAGUUAAAGAUUUCAAUUUUUCUAGGAUUUUAAAUCAUUUUUCGACAAAUCUUAUGACAUUUUUAAAAUUUCAGGGCUUUUCUGGAUUUACAACAUAUUCACCAACGAAAGCAGUGUACAAUGACAUGUUAUCACCCAACAGAUAUAUUUAUUCUAAUCAAGAUGUGUCUAUCUUUGGCGAACGAAGUCCGCUGAAGCACUUGUCACUAAAUACAUGUUAUUCUCAGCGAUCUGUCACAAAACGGCCAGCUUCUGCGAUCUCAGAUGGGCCUGAGGACAAGAAGGUUAAGACCGACGAAAAUGACAGUGAUUCUAAAGUUGGUCAAAUGAGUGUCACUAUGGCUUCGAGGAUUAGGGUAAGGAUUUGGGGGAACAUUUUGGGUUUAUUUCGAUGGAGGAGUUCGGGUUUGAUAAUGAUUGAUGUUAAUUUUAGGUAGUUUUUCAAUUAUUUUUUUUGUCUUUUGCGGACAGAAGAUAUAAGAUGGGCCUUUAUUUUUUUAUGAUUUGUUUUUCGUUUCUAUACUAAAUUUGUUAAUUUCAGACUCCAAGGUUCAGUCAAAAGACGAGAGAAUUGAUUAUUGGUCAAACGAGAGAACAAAUCGAGGUCUUGAACAUGGCGAAGAACUUCUUCAGACGAUUCGAUUCAGCUGUACCUGCUCAGAUUCCAUUGUUUGAAACAGAAGAAGAGUUUGAGACGUUUGCUUGGGAGAAAUAUGAAUCUGAUUAUGGGCGAUUGAUCACGAAGAGGAAGGUGGUUCGACUUGAUGAUUAG